UUUUUAGAGACGUCAGAUGGUGAUUCAAGUUCUGCCGAGUGCUCAGCGGAUCGAACUACGGCACACGCUCGAGCCGGUGUCCAGUCUGGCAGGAAUGGCCUCUGUCUGAGAGUCUCCAGAAAUGACGGGUGUAGACGUGUGCGGUCUCCUAUGCCUAUGCCUUCUCUACGGAUGUGUGGCCUACGGAGAAUAUGCCCUCAUAGUCUGGAUGAUCAUCCCAGUUAUGUCUGACAGCCUAUGGGCCUACGUGCAUGUUACGGUCUUCAACGUUUGUCUCGCAUUCGCUCUUUGGGCCCACGGGAAAGCGAGUUUCGGGGAUCCGGGCGUCGUUCCGUUGCCCAAAACGCACAUAGAUUUCUCCACCGUGCUUCAGCAGCAGAGUAAUAAUAGCGACUGGACGAUUUGCGCUCGAUGUGAGACAUACCGGCCGCCGCAUGCUCAUCAUUGCCGUAUCUGUAAUCGAUGCAUCAGACGAAUGGAUCAUCACUGUCCAUGGAUCAACAAUUGCGUUGGCGAGUUGAAUCAAAAAUAUUUCCUGCAAUUCCUCGUAUAUACCGCCGUCACAUGCUUGUAUGGAUCGCUUGUGGUCUUCCUAUCUUGGCAGCUCGAGGAAGCCGAAGAGGAGGGAGUUCCCCUAUCUGAAUACCGCCAGAAUAGACUCAUUCAUACGGUGAUAUUUUUGGUGGAGUGUCUCCUUUUCGGCUUGUUCGUGAUGGUGAUUUUCCUCGAUCAGCUGAGCAGUGUGAUGCACGGACCCCAGCCAGACACAAAGAGCCCCGCUUCAUCUAGUCAACGUAGGAGCAAAUCAUGCCGUAGCAGCAUGCGUGACGUGUGUGGCCGAGGCGCUCUGUGGAGAUGGGCCGUCCCGUGUACUGCCCCGCCACAUUCAUCGAGAUCCUCUUACGAAGUUUGACAUAUCGACCCUUCCGCCGUCGAGCUGUAUGCGGAGCCGCUGGCUUAGUCGUCCGACUAAGCUUGAUCCGCAGCGACCUGCGGAACUUUCAUGGUGUCGUCAUCAGUAUCGUUCUCAUCAGACUUUUCGCCUCUAGACGUACCUACGGUUUCAUCUGUACAGAAUAUCCUCGGCUGAUCAUGAGCAGUGUGUAUCUACAGUGCAUGGUUCACGCAUUGACUUUUGCUGCUCUAAGAUU